UGUCCGGAUACCCACAGAGCGGUCAGGGGAAGAGCCAAAAACGUGGGUGUAGACGGUUUGGGAAAGAAAGGGAUAGAUAAGUGGGCGGGGAGAGGGUCCACGGUGGGGAUUUGAGGAAGGGCGUGCGGGGCGCCUGGGAGAAGUGCCCUUGAAAUUGACCGAUCAGAGAGCGGGAUGCGGCCCAGGGGCGGGGCAGGGGCGUAUCUUGGCCCAGAUUGGGUAACGGGCGGAGAGGGGCGGUGCACCUGCUGGGUCGCCUCUUUGCAAUUCCGCAUUAUACAGUGCGGUGGCGGCUGCGGUGGUGAACACCCGCUACGUUGCAACUCACGUGCAUACCUCGGACGCUAUACUCAGCUGGCCCCAGGUUCCUUAGGUCCUGGGUCCGUUCCAUCCGGCCCCGAAGUUCGCUUCAUACUCGGUCCAGCUCCACAAACUCCGACCCUCGACGUCUGCAGAACGAAAUAGCCACAGCCAUGAAUGUCUCCCAGGAAAUAGACCAACAGUUCCAGUCCUACAAAUUCGAGCAGUUCCAGCUCCCUAUGGAUGAGUACUGGUGAGACUUAGGGAGGGGGGAAAGCGCCGUGCCAGGGGGCCCGACUCAGGUGAGUGCUAUUGCGGGGCAGGGAGGGACAAUGAUUUUCCUAAAAAGCAAAUGUAUGGGGCUCCCCCGCACUGGCUCCAUACUCCCGCUGUUCAAGGCGUCGCACCUUAAAGAGAUUAGGGCUGAAAGAAAGAAAGAUCAGGAGGCAGAAAUAAGAGGAUGGGGAGAGGAAUACAGGAGAAAACAAAAGCCAGGGAGAAAGAGUCUCAGUGAGAUCUGGUCGCUGAGAAAUAAGGUUGAUCUAAUUCCUUAAAAAAAAAAAAAAAACCAGCCACCGACCUUAUAGAGAUGACUGUUCUCCAUCCUUUGUGGCUGUGUGUGUGCGCUCGUGCAUGUGUCGUGGUGGUGCCCAGGGACUACCUGCCCUUCACAAUUAUCUCAUUGUUCCCCACACGCCCCACUGUCCCUGUUGUGGAGAAGGAGGCAAAAGCCAGGGAGGUCUUCCAAGUUUUCCCUAGGAUCUCUGGCUUUGCCCUAUGGUUCCUCAGAGGUGUGUGUGGGCUGACUUUGUGCUCCAGACAAUUUGCCAUGGCCCAGCCAGGCAGAAGCAGUUGCCACAUUCUUAGGCAGGUUGGUUCUAGGCAUGGGCUAGACAACUGUCACGCACGGCCAAGCCCAGUAACAGAGGAAAAAUCACAGAAACUUUGGACAUUGCCCCUGCCCUGUGCCAAGUAAUUUAUAUACAUUAACUCUACUAGGAAAGGAGUAUUAUUCCCCUUUUACACAGCUAGUAAAAGUAGCAGAACGGGGACUCCAACCCAGAGCGAGUCCCACCUGGAGAGAUGCGUGGGCAUUCCUCUAGCCAGUACCCAUCCAUGAGCCCAUCCUCUCUGCCUUCUCCUUCCAGGACAACCUCAUUCCCCAUAGCUCUGAUCUACCUCGUGCUCAUCUUGGUGGGGCAAAACUACAUGAAGGCACGGAAGGGCUUCAACCUACAGAUGCCUCUUAUCCUCUGGUCCUUCUGCCUUGCCAUCUUCAGUGUCCUGGGGGCAGUGAGGACAUGGAGCUUUAUGGGGACUGUGCUACUCAGGGUGGGCCUAAAGCAAUCUGUGUGCUACACCUCCUUCUUCAGACAUUCCACAGUCAGAUUCUGGUCCAGCCUCUUUGUUUUCAGCAAGAUCAUUGAGCUUGGAGACACAGCCUUCAUCAUCCUGCGUAAGCGGCCGCUCAUCUUUGUGCAUUGGUACCACCACAGCACGGUGCUAAUAUUCACAUUCUUUGGAUACAAGAGUAGGAUGGCUGCUGGUGGCUGGUUCAUGACCAUGAACUUUGGCGUGCAUGCCAUCAUGUACACCUACUACACUCUGAAGGCUGCCAAAGUGAAUUUCCCCAGGAUGCUUUCCAUGCUUAUCACCAGUUUGCAGAUCCUGCAGAUGUUUGCAGGAGCCGUCACUGGCAUCCUGACGUACAUCUGGAGGCAUGAACAGGGAUGCGAUACCACCACAAUGGAACAGUUCUUCUGGUCCUUUGUCAUGUAUUCAAGCUACUUCAUCCUCUUUGCCCACUUCUUCCACCAAACCUACAUCACACCCAAGGUCAAAAACAAGACCAAGAGCCAGUGAAGAGUUGGAGAAAAAGAGAGAGCCCCAGGCUUUCUCCUCCCCAGGGCACAGAGUGAGUGAGCUUAGGUUUGGGAGAAUGAUUAGGGCGUCUUACCUGGAUAGUUUCCCCCGUGGGAUGUAUGCCCCAAGGUGGCAAGAAGUUAUAGCAGACAGGAAGUAUCCCUGGGGUGGGGAUGUGGUGUGCUACUUUGAUGCUUCUGUUUUUAACGUGAAGGCCAAACAGGCCCUGGAAUGGGGUGGGACUGUGGAGGAUCGUCAGAGCUGGGUUAUUUGUAUUUCUGUCCAGAAAUCUUUCUACUUCUUGCUCAACUUUUUAAAUUAAAGAUUUCAACAAGAUGAGUGGUCCUUUUGGGAUUUGGGAAAAGAAGGGUGCUGCUGACAGUGGGGUGAUCAUACAAGCAUCCUAGGUUGCAGAAUUUUGGAUCAUUUUCACUAUUCCACGUUAGGGAGGUCUGCCCCCUCAUAUGUUAUUCACACCUGCAAAUAAGCAGUGGAGUCCCGAUCUACCAGCUAUCUUCCCUGAGACCACCAAGUGGCGCCAUAGCACCAGUUUUGGCCCAUGCUAGCGCGAAGUGGGUCCCGGGCUCUCAAACCACACACUAAACCUCCUUCUCUCCAGGAAACACACACACACACACACACACACACACACACACACACAACCUCCUUCUCUCCAGGAAACACACACACACACACACACACACACGCUCACCUUUUCUCCAGGAAACACACACAACGAAACCCGUUGCCGUCGAGGCGAUUCGGAUUCAUAGCAACCGUAUAGGACAGAGUAGAACUGCCCCAUAGUGUUUCCAAGGCUCUAAUUUUGAGGUGGUUCCAACUGCCCACCUUUCGGUUAGCAGCCCAGUGCUUAAUCACUGUGCCACCAGGGCUCCUUGGAAACACACAUAAACACUUUUCCCCAGAAAUUGCCAGGCUUUCCUGUCUUCGGAGAGGUUGAAGGAGCUAAAGCCCUAGGAGCCUGAACUCUCGCCUCGCUCCUGUUCAGCCCAGACUUCCCUUAGAAAAUGGAGGAAGAUGAAGCUCGCGUUUGGGAGAGGACUCAGCCUAACUCUCAGUCAUCAAACUUUUGAGAGUCCGCGCACGUUUAUUUAUCUUUGAAAAUGGAGGAAAUGGAGUCUGGAGAAGGCGGGAUAGACCAAGGGUGAGUUGGCCUCUGGGGUCCCUGUUCCUGGCCUUAGUCCCAAGGGCAUGGUCUGUGUGUAGGGCUCAGUCCCACUUCAGGGCUAGGAAGGUGAAGUCCCUGUCCUGAGCUGGCCGCCCACCAGCUGCCCAAGCACUCCUCUCAGACUCUG